CGUGCAUUUGUUUUCAUCACAGUAAACAUUUGCUGCUUCUUCGUAAUAAAUUUUGUUUUGAAUUUAUCGUUAGUGUUGUAGUUUAAUUUUGAAUUCAGAAAGUAACACACUUUCAUUGUGUAUAUGUACAGUUUAUUGCGCAAAUCAUUAACAAAAAUGCCAUUUUAUGCGGUUGCUCAUGGCAGAAGUGUCGGCAUUUUUGAUACAUGGCCAGAAUGUGAGACGCAGGUGAAAGGGUUUACUGGAGCCAUUUUCAAGAAAUUCAAAACUGAAGCCGAAGCAAAUCAAUUCAUAGACCAAAAACGACCGAAGACUACACUUUCUACACUUACACAGACUGCGACAAGUUUGAACACAAGAAUAAGUAACAAACGGACUCGCGGUGACUCGAGUAGUACAGGUACUGGGACGACGACCAAAAAAUCAAAAAUUAACGAGGACAAAACCACCGAUUUUACGUCAAAUAUAAAACAAAUGAAAAAUUAUGGUGGUCACCAUUUUCUGGAAGAUGACGAAGGUUAUGUACAUGUUUACACCGAUGGUUCGUGCGAAAACAACGGCAAACCUAAUGCGAUUGCAGGUUUUGGAGUUUAUUUUGGCGAAGGGCAUGCAUUGAAUGCAGCAGAACCGGUGAUAGGUCCAGCAACAAAUAAUCGUGGUGAAAUCCAGGGUGUGACAAAGGCGAUACAUUUAGCAGCCGGUUGCGGUAUAAAAAAAUUGUGCAUCAAUUCCGAUUCGCAAUUUGUGAUAAAAGCGGUGACAGAGUGGAUGGUCAACUGGAAAAAACGUAAUUGGCGAUUGAGCAGCGGCGGACCAGUGAAGAAUGAACACGAUUUUCGUAAAUUAGAUCAAGUCAUCGCCGAUAAUUCACAGAUGAAUAUUCAAUGGAAAUAUGUACCAGCACACAUUGGCAUUCGCGGCAACGAACGAGCUGAUGAAUUAGCACGGCAAGGUGCUUCCACCUAUAAAAAAUAGACACACAUUUCCUACGCUUCGAAUCGAAUAGUGAUUUUUAUAAAAAAUAAUAAACUUUAACUAUUUAAUCUUA